AUGGGCUCUAAAUCAAGUCUCAGCGAGGCAUUGGCACUUCUCCCGCCGCUGCCACUUUACCGGCGCAUUCUGCGCGUGCAUCGAAAGAAGCUCGAACCCGAGAUGCGCAUGCUCGGCGAUGGAUACGUGAAGAGUGAGUUUCGAGCGCAUAAAGAUGUGGAUAAUCCGUUACAUAUUAUUGGAUUCUUAACGGAGUGGCAGCUAUACGCGCAGAAAUUAGAAGGGGAUAAGUGGGUAGGGGAGAAAUUAGAUAAGGCCAAGGUGGAUAAAAUGAGUGAUCAACAACUUGGGCAGUUGUACGAGCUUAUGCAGACGAUCAAGAAGAAAGAUGGAGAGAAUCAGUGA